CUUCAUAUUGCACCAGCCUUGCUUGUGAAAGUUCAGAGUUGGCAGACAUGCAAGCGGUCAUGUCGCGGCAGGUCAGAUGUCUGCAGGCCUUGCGGCGGUCGGCUACAUCUUGGGCGGCACAUAAUUUGAAGCCAAGGAAUGGAGAGAUUCUUGAGUCCUUCCUCCCUGCAGCAGCAGCAAAGCCCGCGUGCAUCACUUGGAACCUGCGGUAUGAGGAUGUGUUGAAGGGUAACGCCUUGUAUCCUCUGGAAUCACUUUGGGUGCACCAGGGAAAGCUGCGGUGCCGCCUAGUUGCCUACAUCCAGGGCUCCUGCUUCCACUUGCGCCUGUCGCCUUCCUGUGAGGCUGGUCAUACUGUGGAAGAGAUGGAGCUCCAGGCAAUGCUGAAUCUCUUUGGACUCACAGAGAGCCCUCUGAGUGCCUUCAUCACAGAGGAGAACUUCCAUCACAAGGGUGUGGCUGUGGAGCUCAGUGACAUGACGGACCGCAUCCGAGCAGAGCUGCGCGUGCGGAAAUUUGCCGCCGUGUUAAGGCCCGACAUGGGACACUUCGAUGCAGCUUUGGGACAUGAAAGCCCACGACUAGACCUGGUCACGACAAAGCCGACUCCCCCUGUGAGCGAAGAAGGAGAACCUAGACAGCUGCUGACUGAUAAUGGUGCCUCGAAGUAGAAGGCUUCAGGUAGUUCGUGUUGUACAUACCAUAAGAUCCAAAGGUGCCCCACGGGUGGCGUGCGGGAAGGUAAGCUGCAACUGCAGCAUGCUUCUCGCAGUGAAUGUUCCACCAGCGACAAGAGUUGGACCCAAAGUCAGGAUUCACUUCGUAGUUUCAAUGGCAGGAGGAAGUUGUGAUCAUGUAGAUUUAU